AGCCUUUGUAUUCCCGAAUAAUACACGCACUACAUCAACAUUCCAUGCGCUGGUUACUGCCUAAAUAGCACAUCCUCGGAUUUCCGCCAUGGCAUGUCUUCCUACUACUCCCAUCCACACAACAACACCAUACACCCAGCCAUACAAUUUGUGUGUGUGUGUAAACAAAACUCAACUUCUGCAUGCCUGCUUUUUGAAUUUGAAACAACACUUCCCUUUACAGUAGCCAUCCAUUCACAUCAUCCACUAUCGCCUCACAAACGCAAAUGUCGCCUCGCAACUGUGCUCUCUUCGAUAACGGGCGACAGCGCAUGAGAGCCGACAAGUUGUGUAGUAGCGACGAACAUAGCCAUCGUUUCAAUUUGUCGUGAACAGCCGGAGCGAGUGUGUUUGACAACAGCGGGCAUUUGUUUGUGUGUUUUUGGUGGUUAAAUUGUUUAUUGACUCAAUUGCAAAAAUGGACGUUAACAAAAAAAUCAACAUACGUUUAGUGCAGACUGUUGAAAAAUAUCCGUGCAUAUACAAUACCUCACUUACAGAAUAUUCCAAACGAGAUCAUACUGAACGGGCGUGGAUAGAAGUGGCGGAGGAGCUUUCUAGUACACCGGAUGUAGUUAAGGAUAGAUGGAAAUGUAUUCGAUCUGUUUUCGUAAGAAGACUAAAACAAAUGCAUAUGGGAGAGCUAAGCAAACCCUACUACUUACACCAACACCUGCAAUUUCUAGUUCCAUUUCUGCAAAAGCCUUGGGAUCCGGAGUCUCGAACAAAACGUUUGCUGGAGGAGAGUGAAAAUCGCGUUAGGCGAAGUCCAAUAAGAAAAAAGAGUAUUGAUAUCAACGACACUUCUGAUUAUUUUGACAACACACAUGAAGAUAAUCUGGACACAAUUUAUUUGGGUAACUCCAGUAAAGGGAAGCGAAUGGCAUCAGCUACUUCCGAAGACGAUGAUUUCCAUGGUUUCGCUGACUACAGAUCCACUAAAUUACAACCCCCGGCUAAACAGCGUGUAAUAAGAGAUGCUCCAUAUUUUUCGAAUAUUACACAAAGUGACGAAGCCAAUGGCGAUGACAAUCCUAAGAGACUAUUUAUGUUAAGUUUGCUGCCUGAUCUCGAAGAAAUGAAUAAUGCGCAAAUGCGUGAGUUUAAGACGAAAGUCAUAACGCUCAUAAAUGAGAUAUUUGAAGAAAGCUUAGAUGGUAAUUGAAAAGUAUUCAUGGUAAAGAAUAUAUUUAUUAUAAGUUUAAUAAAACAUGAAAUUCAUGUAGUUAAAAGGCUGGUUUCUUCUUGUUCAUAUUCUUAAAGUCUUAUUCUUGUUCUUUGAAUAAAUUCG